AUGCAGAAGAAUAAUAACAGCAAGCCUAAUCGAAAAAAAGGGCAAGGUUCGCCUAAUUCUUCUGACAUAAAACUACCUAAAAUACCAAAGAUACAAAUGCCAGAAGAUUUCAAAAUAAAGACAAAGCCGUUGUUCUCUUUGCCCGAAGAGGUUCUAAAAUUGCCUGCACCUACCUCCAGAGCAGCUAAACUGCAAGCUGCAAAACAACAAGCGGCUCCAAGUAAAAGAAGAUCCAGCGUAAUGCAAAGCUACACAGCGAUGCGAAAGGCCAGAGAAGAGUUCAGAAGUAAGAUGAUCAACUUGAUCUGCCGUGACGACCCCGAGGAUGACGCGGAAGAUGGCAUGCCGCCUUCUGGUGAAGAAAAGAACAUCCUACGAUACUACUACUAUUUGAGAUACGGAAUAGAUACUAUUCAUGUUGCUCCGUUGGAUAACAAAAUUAUAUUAAAAGUCCAUAAUUUAAUAUCACCCAACCUCAAAAAAUGGAAGGAGACAUUGUUAACGUGCACAGACGAGAUGCGUGAAGAUUUUAUGAUGAGCAUGAAAAAAGCUAUCGUAGACUUCGUUUUGAAAGAUCCGAACACAGAAGAAGCUAUAGAAGAUGAAGCAGUAUCGCCUUUGAAAACAGAGUUGGCUAUAAUGAAAGAUGACGCGUGGCGGAACCGCUAUGUGAUGUCGAAAAAAUUUCUUACAAAUAACCUUCACACUGUUAAUCCGUGCAUAGCUCAGGUGCUGCAGAUAUGGUGGAAACAGUUCAACGACUUGCGUUUGAUAAGUAUGAAGGACAUAAUGACGACGAAUGAAGCUUACGAGUUGCAAGACUUUUGCUUCAUAUGUAAGAGGCACAUCGAGGCAGCAGGCAACGUCCUGUCGUUGCAGUGGAUACCUACGGUGCAGGCGGUUUUUUUACAGGGGAACAAGAAAAAGCUGAUACCGGAACCGAAGCAAACGCAGAAGAUGAAACACUAUUACAACUGCUUAGAUUGCAUUAUGACUUAUAAUCUUCAAACACUUUGCUUGAAAUCAAUGAAAGAAUUUACAGACUAUAUAAUGGAUGUUGGGGGUCAAAACCAAGGCUUUGUAUUAAAUACAAAUUUUGGACCAGACGGGAUUGCUUUUGAGCCGUCGUUCCAAACGUUCAAAAGCAUGAUCGGCUUGCUGUACGAUUUGUUGAUUGACGCCUGUAGACAGUCUCCUCGGCUAGAAACCUUAUUGUAUCAGGACUUCGUUGUCACUAAAAAGGCGACGUUAAAGCCCGUGAUUGAUAGCGAAUUAGUUGAAAACUAUGCGAAGCAAAUCAGCAGUCUUAUUGAUGAACAGAGAAUUGGACCCGAGUUAAGAAUCCAAGAUUUCGAUGACUACGUUUGUCUCCUAAACGGAACUUCCCAAAAGAUUGUGGAGGACUUUAUUAACGCACGACCAGAGAAAACUUUUGAAGAGUACUGCGAAGAGGCAAUAAAGUAUGUGGAGUUGGCUAAGGAGAUACCUUCAAAAUUGGAAGGAACAAUUAUGAUAGGCAUGUUCCGGAUGCAGCGUGCGGAUUUAAUCACAUCGUUGCGAGGUUCAGCCACGAGGUUGGCGAAUACGCUUCUCCGACGGAUGACGGAAGAUUACCAGAAUGAGAUUAAAGCAAUAUAUGACGAGUAUGCAAUGAUUGCCAACACGCUCUUGACUCCGCCGCCCGACACGGCAGCUCUGAUGGAACUUAUAGCUUACUGCAAGAAAGUAGAAGACGAACUUCUUGCCAUAAUGGAAGACAAGCUCCGCAGUGUUAUGAAAUACAUUGUGUUUUUAGGAGACUAUACGACGUUUUCUCCUCUAGAGCUAAAGGCCAACAACCAGACAUACUUUUGGUAUUUCCGCAUGCCGAGUGUAAUCGAGGAAUGUAAAGCCAUUUGCGACGUCAAGAAAGUUGAAUACCAGGAGCUGCUGAAGGUGAGAAUAGCUAAGUUUAUCGACGACUUGGAUGUCUAUGAACUGCAAUGUAAUGAGCUGCAAUACUGGGGUGAUAUUGAAGAAAUAUCGAAAUAUGUUUCACGUGUUCAUCGCUUAGAUGAAAAAUUAUCGCAAGCCUUGCAAAGAAUCGACCAGUUUAAUGAAGAGGAGACGUCAUUUGGCUAUGAAAUAUCUCAAUAUCCAAAGAGGAAGACGGUCUACGAUAAAAUGGUGCCAUUUAAGAAACUCUUCGAUGCUGCUUAUGACUAUCUUGAAAAGAAUCGUUUGUGGAUGACUUCAAAGGUUGGCUCUUUCGACCCAGAGGAAAUAGAAGGCGACGUUGCUUACUAUUACAAGAUUGUAUAUAAAUUAGAGAAAUCUUUCGCUGAUGUUCCUGAAACUCAUCGUCUGGCUGAAGAUGUGAGAGAACGUAUGGAUGAGUUCAAAACUCAUAUGCCUAUUGUGCAAACUCUUGGCAACCCUGGCAUGAAACCCCGUCACUGGGAUAAAGUUUCCGAUAUUGUUGGUUUUCCAAUACAAGUCGAUGAAGAAUUAUCAUUGCAGAAGGUUAUCGAUUUCCAUUUGGAUGAUUACAUAGAUAAAUUUGAAACUAUCUCUGAGGCUGCUACCAAAGAAAACAAUUUGGAGAAGGCAUUGGACAAGAUGAUGAAGGAAUGGGCAGAUCUUAAAUUCGAGAUUUUACCCUACAAGGAUACAGGAUCAUAUAUUUUGUCGAGUGUGGAUGAAAUUCAGUUAUUAUUGGAUGAUCAUAUUGUUAAGACUCAGACUAUGAAGAAUUCGCCGUACAUUAAACCCUUUGAAGAAACCAUUACCGACUGGGAAGGAAAGUUGGUACUUUUGCAAGAAAUUCUGGACGAGUGGCUGAAGGUUCAGGCAACGUGGAUGUACUUGGAACCAAUCUUUUCAUCUCCGGAUAUUCAACAACAGAUUCCCGAGGAAGGCAGAAGAUUCAGCGCUGUUGAUAAGAUGUGGCGAGAGAUAAUGAAAGCGGCAUUCACUGAACCAAGAGUGCUAGAUGUGAUUACUAUAGAGAAAAUGCUAGAUAGAUUGAAGAAGUCAAAUAACUUGUUGGAGAUGGUCCAGCGGGGACUGAAUGCGUAUUUGGAGAAGAAGCGUCUCUAUUUCCCGAGGUUCUUCUUCUUGUCCAACGACGAGCUGCUUGAGAUCUUGUCGGAGACCAAAGAUCCGACGCGUGUACAGCCUCACUUGAAGAAGUGCUUCGAAGGCAUUGCCAAACUAACGUUCACUGAGGACCUUGUUGUUACGCACAUGAAGUCCUCUGAGGGCGAGGUUGUACCGCUCGUCUUGACAAUUAACACAGCAGCUGCUAGAGGACAGGUGGAGAGGUGGUUGCUGGAACUGGAGAAGUCAAUGAAAAUUUCAGUUCAUGACGCAGUGUCUGCUUCAUAUGACGCCUACUUGGUGCAAAAGAGAGAAUAUUGGGUGCUCGUGUGGCCGGGUCAAGCUGUGCAAUGUAUUGCAAUGACCUUCUGGACGUCAGAAGUCACAGAAGCUAUCCACAUAAACCUAGCUGCUAUGAGGCAGUAUUGGGAUAAAUGUAAUUUCCAAAUCUCGAAGAUCGUCGACUUGGUGCGCGGAGAGCUCAGUUUACAAAACAGAAUCACGCUUGGUGCCCUUGUCGUAUUAGAUGUGCACGCUCGAGAUGUACUUAUGUUACUUAUUGAAUGUAAGGUGCAAUUGGACAAUGACUUCAACUGGUUAUCACAGAUACGCUACUAUUGGGAGGAACAAGAAGAGGACAAGACGUGGCAGAUAGCAACCCGAAUGAUAAAUUCCACACUAAUGUAUGGCUAUGAGUAUCUCGGAAACACAGGUCGGUUGGUGGUGACGCCUCUCACCGAUCGCUGCUUCAGGACGCUCUUCGGGGCGCUGCAUUUAAACUUAGGAGGUGCACCAGAAGGUCCAGCUGGAACGGGUAAGACGGAAACCACUAAGGAUUUGGCUAAAGCCGUCGCGAAACAAUGUGUCGUGUUCAACUGUUCAGAUGGUCUUGAUUACAUUGCCCUUGGAAAGUUCUUCAAGGGUCUUGCAUCUUGUGGUGCGUGGUCAUGCUUCGAUGAAUUUAAUCGAAUCGAUUUGGAGGUGCUUUCUGUGGUGGCACAGCAAAUCCUUUCCAUCCAGCGUGGCAUCAACUCCGGUGCAACGGAACUACUCUUCGAAGGCACAUUGCUCUCGCUAGACAAGAGCUGUGCUGUAUUUAUUACCAUGAACCCAGGUUAUGCUGGAAGAUCGGAAUUACCUGACAACUUAAAGGCACUAUUCCGAUCGGUCGCAAUGAUGGUACCGGACUAUGUAUUGAUCUCCGAGAUAGAAUUGUAUGCGUUCGGUUACCUGAAUGCUAAACCGCUAGCUGUGAAGAUCGUCGCUACAUACAAAUUGUGCUCGGAGCAACUGUCUUCGCAGAGUCAUUACGAUUACGGUAUGCGCGCUGUAAAGUCAGUGUUGCGCGCUGCAGGCGCACUAAAACUGCGUUAUCCAGAUCAAGAUGAAGAAGUCAUCCUACUGCGUUCUAUCAAAGAUGUCAACUUGCCUAAAUUUUUGGAACAUGAUGUGCCCCUAUUUAUGGGUAUUAUAUGUGACUUGUUCCCUGGUUUACCUUUGCCUGAGGCGGGCUUGCCGCACCUAGUUGCAUGCCUAAAAGAAGAAUGCGUUCCUCUUAAUUUACAAUCAAAUGAUUUCUUUGUGGAAAAGGUGCUACAAUUAUAUGAGAUGAUUCUCGUACGACACGGACUCAUGUUGGUCGGAUUCCCUUUCUCGGGGAAGACAAAGUGUUACCAUGCACUCGGUGCUGCAUUAGGCGGAGUAUCGCGAAAAGGAUUGAUGGAGGAGAACCCUGUGGAAUGGACUGUGAUAAAUCCGAAAUCUAUCACGAUGGGUCAGCUGUACGGGCAGUUUGACCCAGUAUCACACGAGUGGUCCGACGGAAUAUUAGCUGUGAGCUAUCGCGCCUUUGCUGUCUCUACAAAUGACAACAGAAAAUGGCUUAUUUUCGACGGCCCGGUAGACGCGAUUUGGAUCGAAAAUCUGAAUACGGUACUUGAUGAUAAUAAAAAACUCUGCUUAAUGAGCGGAGAAAUUAUUCAGUUAGCUCCAACUACUAACUUAGUAUUUGAACCCAUGGAUUUAGAAGCUGCAUCUCCAGCGACGGUAUCACGGUGUGGUAUGAUCUACAUGGAACCGAAAGGUCUUGGUUGGAAGUGUUUGAUGGAAUCGUGGUUGAACACUCUUCCGGCGACAUUGCACAGCGUCAACAAGAGUGUUAUCAGAAAUCUAUUUAACCGCUUCACCUCCCCAUUGCUUUGGCUUGUUGAAUAUUCUGGACAGGUUAAGCAAAUGUACGUAACUUCUCGAAGCAACCUAUUAGCAGCAUGCAUGAAACUAUACGACUGCUUCAUGCAAGAUUUCGAAGAUGAAAAAUAUGUAGAAUCUUUGUCUGAUUUGGAUAUUAGAGCACAAUUAGAAGGCACUUUCUUCUUUUCGGCUAUUUGGUCUAUGGGAGCUACAUUAGAAGCUAGUGGGCGAGCGAAAUUUGAUAUGAUGUUCCGUGGAUUACUAGAUAAGGAGUUUCCAGAAAAAGUCAAGGAAGCGCUAAAGUAUCCUCGUGACGUUGCUAAGCCCGACAAAAACUAUAUUUUUCUUAUUCCAAAAGAGGGUACAGUUUUUGACUACCGGUAUAUUAAAGAGGGUAAAGGUAAAUGGAAGCCCUGGCAGGAUGAUGUAAAUACAGCGCCUCCAAUAAGUCGAGAUACGCCACCAAACCAGAUUCUAGUCACUACAUUGGACAGUGUUCGCUACUUGGCACUUUUCAAGUUACUUGUCCAAAACCAAAAGCCUGUAAUGAUGGUGGGGCCCACUGGGACAGGGAAAUCAUCAUAUAUUGUUGAUUUCUUAGUGAAAAGGGUUGACACAAAAGUGUACAAAGCUUUGGUUAUGGGAUUCUCAGCGCAAACCACUUGUAAUCAGACACAAGACAUUAUUAUGGGCAAACUAGACAAGAGAAGAAAAGGUGUGUUCGGACCACCCGUAGGUUGUUAUUGUGUGGUGUUUGUCGAUGAUGUAAGUAUGCCUCAAGCAGAAACAUACGGCGCACAGCCCCCAAUUGAGGUACUAAGACAAGGUAUCGAUCUUGGCCUCUGGUACGACAGAAAAACUAACGUUGCUAUGCAUCUCAUUGACGUGCAGUUUAUGUGUGCCAUGGGCAAGCCGACGCCAGGUGCAAAGUUAGUGACUCCACGAUUUUCAAGGCAUUUCUCCUUCCUUUGUAUUGACGAGUUUGACGAAGACACACUUAGGGUCAUAUUCUGUAAGAUUAUGCUGUGGCAUCUGGACACGAGAGGUUUUUCAAAAGAGUUCGACCCGUGUAUUGAAGAAAUAGUCAGUGGAACGUUAGAAGUCUAUCAACAAUGUCGACUAAAUUUACUUCCAACACCAUCAAAGUCACACUAUACGUUCAAUCUACGGGAUUUCUCAAGAGUUAUACUGGGUGUUCUCCUGUCGGUACCCGAAGUGACUCCAGAUCUGCAGUCAAUAAAGAGGUUAUGGAUUCACGAGUGUUUGCGUAUUUUCUCCGACCGUUUAGUAGAAGAAGCGGAUCGUGUGUGGCUAGUAAAUUGUUUACGCGAUGCUACCGCGAAGUGCCUGAACGAUAAUUUUGAUUCUAUGUUGUCGCGGCUUACCGAAGGUUCUGAAGAUAAAACGAUUACUGAUCAGCAUUUGCGAAAUCUCAUAUACUGCGACUUUGCAAAUCCAAAAGUUGACACAAGAUUCUACAUGGAGACUAUUAACAUGGAACAUUUGAACUCUACAGUGGAAGCUUUUCUUGUGGAAUUCAACAAUAUGUCCAAAAAGCCGAUGAAUCUUGUGUUGUUCAGAUUUGCCAUCGAACACGUAUCUCGAAUUUGCCGUGUUCUGGCGCAACCGAGUUCUCACGCCUUACUCGUGGGUCUCGGUGGUUCUGGCAGACAGUCACUCACUAGACUAGCCGCGCAUAUCAACGAAUAUGAUCUCUUUCAGGUUGAAAUGAGCCGAACUUACGGUAAGAAUGAAUGGCGAGAAGAUUUGAAAACUCUGCUAAAGAAAACAAGCACCCCGGACUUACACAUGGUUUUCUUGUUUAUUGAAUCACAGAUUAAAGAAGAAGGAUUCUUGGAAGACGUCAACAAUAUGUUAAAUUCAGGAGAGGUACCCAACAUUUUUGGUGCUGAUGAAAAGGCAGAGCUUUGCGAGAAAAUGCGUGUGGUGGACCGUCAACGCGACAAAUCCUUACAAACGGACGGCAGUCCCACUGCGCUAUACGCUUAUUUCGUGUCUAUCGUUCGCGACCAGCUACACAUAGUGCUAGCCAUGUCUCCAGCCGGUACUUCUCUGCGUACGCGCAUCCGCAAGUUCCCAUCGCUUGUCAAUUGCUGCACCAUCGAUUGGUUCCAGGAAUGGCCCCCAGACGCUUUAUUGGCCGUGGCCACACGGUUCCUCAAAGAUAUCGAAUUGACGGAUCUAGAACGAGAAGCAGCGAUCUUCCUAUGCCAAGUAUUCCAUACCGACACCCAAGAGUUAACAAGGAAAUUUUUGCUUCGCGUCAAAAGAUAUAAUUACGUAACUCCAACAGCAUAUCUUGGACUCAUCAGUAUGUUCAAAGCUUUAUUGUCUAAAAAGCGAAAUGAGCUGCUAUCAGGCGAGAAGAGGUAUUUAACAGGAUUAGAUCAGCUAGCCAUAGCGGCUAAGUCUGUAGCAGCGCUGCAAGAAGCAUUGGUUCUCCUUCAGCCGAAGCUAGCCGCUGGAGCCGCAGCUGUAGCGGAAACUACGGCUAAAGUGGAAAAAGAGAAAGAAGGGGUUGCCUUGAUUGAAGCCGACGUGUUGGUGGACCAGGCGGCUGCUGAGGAGCAGGCAGGAGAAGCCCAAGCUAUCAAAGAUGAAUGCGAUGCCGACCUAGCAGAGGCAAUGCCAAUUCUUAAUUCUGCCUUAGCGGCUCUAGAUACUCUGACGCCUCAGGAUAUCACCUUUAUCAAAACCAUGAAGAGUCCUCCAAGGGGCAUUAAGCUUGUCAUGGAGGCUGUUUGUAUUCUGAAGGAAAUGAAACCUGACAAAGUUCCAAAUCCAUCCGGCGUGGGAACAAUAGAAGACUAUUGGGGUCCAUCAAAAAAGUUGCUCAACGAUAUCAAGUUCCUGGAAGGCCUUCAGAAUUACGACAAAGAUAAUAUUCCUCCGCCUGUGAUGAAGAAACUGAUGACAACUGUUAUGCAAGACGAAGCAUUUGUGCCGGAGAAGAUGCGAGUUGUCUCCAUCGCUGCUGAAGGCAUGUGUAAGUGGGUAAUUGCGAUGACAAAGUACGAUAAGGUGGCCAAAGUGGUGGCACCUAAGAAGCAAAAGUUAGCUGCAGCGCAAGCUGUCUACGACAAGGCCAUGGCUGCUCUCGCCGUCAAACAAGCUCAACUCGCUGAGAUUCAAGCAAAAUUAGGGAAACUCGAAGCAGCUCUUGCGGAACAAAAUAGGCAACAAAAGUUGCUCGACGAUGAAGUAAUGGACUGCAGCAAUAAACUAAUGCGAGCAAAGAUGUUGAUCACAGGUCUGGGCGGGGAGAAAACUCGAUGGACUCAAAUUGCUAAGACCUUGAGAGAAACUUACAAUACCCUCACAGGUGAUAUUCUAAUUGCAGCUGGUAUUAUUGCGUAUCUUGGACCAUUUACAUCGGCAUUCAGAAUUGAACAAGUAAAGUCAUGGGCGCAAGCUACGCACGAUCAGGGUGUGGUGUGUACGCUCAAUUUCAGUUUAACAAAGUCACUGGGUGACGCUGUCGCCAUUCAACAAUGGAACAUUGACGGCUUACCAGCCGACGACUUCAGUGUGGAAAGUGCCAUUAUUAUCAUGAAUUCCAAAAGAUGGCCACUAAUGAUUGAUCCCCAAGGCCAAGCGAAUCGCUGGAUUAAAAACACGGAGAAGCCAAACAACUUAAUGGUCUGUCGCAUGACUCAGGCUGAUCUGGGGCGUGUGCUUGAAAACGCUGUACAGUUCGGACAACCGGUGCUUCUUGAGAAUGUGCUGGAAGAGUUAGAUCCCAUGUUAGAACCUUUACUUCAACAACAAACGUUCCGUCAAGGAGGUGCGCUAUGCAUCAAGAUUGGCGACUCUGUGGUGGAAUAUAGCAAAGACUUCAAAUUAUAUAUAAGCACAAAGCUAGCUAACCCGCAUUAUCUGCCAGAGGUUAGUGUUCGAGUAACCUUGGUGAACUUUAUGCUUGCAAAAGAUGGUUUGCAAGCUCAGUUACUGGCACGUGUAGUUGCCCGCGAGCGUCCAGAUUUGCAGCAAGCUAAGUCAGAGUUGACUACACAAGGUGCGGAGCACAGGCGGCUGUUGCAGGAAAUUGAAAAGAAGAUACUUACUGUACUAUCUACAUCAGAACAUUUAUUGGAAGACGAAGAAGCAGUACAGAUUCUUAAUUCUGCAAAAGAUACAGCCAAUGAGAUUAAAGAAAAGCAAAUAGUGGCUGUGGAGACUGAAAAGGCUAUAGAUCUGGCUCGUGAUAACUAUGUGCCCAUAGCGGAACAUUCUACUAAUUUGUUCUUUCUUAUCGCUUCCAUGGCGCAAAUUGAUCCUAUGUACCAGUACUCAUUGGCUUGGUUUGAAGGUCUGUUCACGGCUUCCAUUGACAAUACUGAGAAAGUAGAUGAAAUUUCGGAGAGGCUCGAGAUAUUACGUGCUUACUUCACUUUCUCGCUUUACAACAAUAUCUGUCGCAGUUUGUUUGAGAAGGACAAAAUGGUAUUCUCGUUGUUACUAACGGUGACAAUACUGGUGAACGAGGGUAAAUUGGAUCAGAACAACGUGAUGUUCCUUUUUGGCGGCGGCCAAUCACGUCACGUGCCUCCGAAUCCAGUUUCCUUCCUAAGUCCACAGGCUUGGUCUGAGUUUUGCGCAUUAAACGAGAUUCCUGUGUUCCAAGGCAUAUUAGAUCAUUUCACAGCCAAUACACCACAAUGGGAAGCAUACUGUGACUCCGUUUCCCCACAAACCGAACCUCUUCCGGGUCAAUGGGAUAAUCUGCCAUUGCUUGAGAAAUUAUGUGUGCUACGCUGUAUGCGAUUGGACAUGAUGGUCCCGGCUGUCCAGAACUUCAUUGAAGCGAUGUUGGGCCGUAAAUUCACUGAACCUCCGUUGUUUGAUUUGGCUUCGUCGUACUCGGAAUCCAAUUGUUGCAUUCCCCUGCUCUUUGUGUUGACUCCAGGCUCUGAUCCUAUGGGAACAUUGCUUAAAUUUGCUGAUGAUCAGGGUUUCGGCUCGUCACGAUUAUUCUCAUUAUCUUUGGGUCAAGGCCAAGGUCCAAUAGCGGUGAAACUAAUCGAUGAAGGCAUCCGCAGUGGCACUUGGGUAGUUCUGCAAAAUUGCCACUUGGCCAAAAGUUGGAUGCCUAUGCUUGAAAAGAUUUGUGAAGGCCUGUUGCCUGAUUCUACUCAUCCAGACUUCAGGCUUUGGUUGACAUCGUACCCAGCUGAGCACUUCCCAGUGUACGUACUACAGAAUGGAGUAAAGAUGACAAAUGAACCACCGCAAGGUUUGCGAGCAAACAUUGCGCGAUCAUAUAACAGUGAUCCGUUGAACGAUCCUGAAUGGUUCGAAGGCAACAAGCAAUCGGAAAACUUUAAGAAAUUGUUGUUUGCUUUAUGUUUCUUCCAUGCUGUGGUACAGGAGCGGCGGCAGUUUGGUCCGCUCGGAUGGAAUAUACGAUAUGAGUUCAAUGAGACAGACUUACGGAUUAGUGUAACGCAGCUUUACAUGUUUCUGAAUGAAUACGACGACGUGCAAUUUGUAGCUCUGCGGUAUUUAACGGGCGAAUGCAACUAUGGCGGCCGGGUCACUGACGAUUGGGAUCGCCGCUGCCUCAAUACCAUUCUCUUUAAAUUUUACAACCCCAAGGCUCUCACUGAGAAAAAUUACCCGCUAGAUCCCACAGGUAUAUACCACAUUCCAACGUUAAAAGAGCACUCUGACUUUAUUAACUUCGCGCGGUCUCUGCCGGUGCAGACUCCGCCAGCCGUUUUCGGCUUCCACCCCAACGCUGACAUCACCAAACACUUCAGGGAAUCGGAAGAGCUACUUAAUACUGCCAUAUUGACACAGGAUAUGAUGGCCUCUGGAGGAGUUGGAGCUACGCCGGAGGAACAAGCGAUGAUGAUUGCCGAAGACAUUCUUAAGCGACUUCCUGCAAAGAUCCUGUCGGGACCUUCACAUGAAGGCGACAUUAAGCCGGCGGAUAUGACGCCAAUGUCCAUCGUUGUCAUUCAGGAGGCAGCGAGAUACGAAAAGCUUGUGACAGUCAUUAGGUCAAGUUCUAGAGCUGUCAUUGGAGCAGUGCAAGGUGUCAGUGUAUUGACGGACGUAACGGAAGAAGUUUUAAACAGUAUGGUGCGAGGGCGUAUUCCAGCUUUAUGGGCGGGCAAAAGUUAUCCGUCAUUGAAACCGCUAGCUGCCUAUUACAAUGACCUCUUGGCGAGACUGUUGUUUUUACAAACGUGGCAUGCAGGAGGUCCACCCAUAGUAUUUUGGCUGUCAGGAUUCUACUUCCCACAGGCUUUCUUGACGGCUGCGCAACAGAGUUACGCUCGAAAGUAUAAGAUACCCAUUGAUCAGCUCGCAUUCCACUUUGAGGUGAAACGUGAACCAGACUUUGAAGAGCGUCCCGACGAAGGAGUCUAUAUUAACGGGUUGUUUUUGGAGGGCGCCCGAUGGAACAUGGAAAAAUACUAUAUCGACGAGUCCAUCCCCAAAGUUUUAUACGACACGUUCCCCAUUGUGUGGUUGAUUCCGUUGAAAAGAGAAGACAUACCUACAGACAUAUUCUAUAAUUGUCCACUGUACAAGACAGGUGACAGACGCGGAGUGCUAUCCACUACUGGUCACUCUACUAACUAUAUUCUUUUCAUGAGGCUUCCCACCAAGGAAGACCCGGACCAUUGGAUCAUGCGGGGAGUGGCUUUGCUAACACAACUGCCUUUCUAAAAUAUCUUUCACACUUCAUUAUCAGAUAUAAAGUACUUAUUAUCUAUGUAACAAGAAAAUAAAUUCCGACAUAAAUACGAUGAAAACGUAUAGAUAUCCGAUGCAACUAA